UUAACCAACCACCUUAGAUUCAGUUGUGUUUCAAACACAAACAGACAAACACGUCACCCAGCCAACGCUCCGUGUUUCAAAACGCUCGAACCGAUCGAAUAGCAAAUUUCAUUUCGAAGGCAAAGAGAGGUUAAAUUGUCAAAAAACAAAUAGCGAAGUAGAAAAAAAAAAACAAUUAUUUUUUUAUAGAACAAAAAAUAAAAUCGAAAUCACACACAUACCAAAAGAGUACUCAAAGAAAUCACCAGCAGCAAGGAUACAUUCGUUGUCGUCGUCCUGGCAGAACUUUAGUUUUUUCUGGUUUUUUUUCUGCCAAUGUGUUAAUGUAAAUGUGUCGUCGUCGUCGUUGUCCUCCAGUGCGAGUGUGUCUGUCUGUUUGUCCGUGGUGUUGUGUUGUAUAUUUUUUUAUUCAUCGUUAAGCGAGUAGACAGUAAACGUUUGUUAACGGUUGCGGACACACAACAAAGGAUAUGAACGAUUUAAAUGUAAAACGUUGAUGAUCGUGAAAGGACGUACUUUUUUUGCGGAUGAAUAGAAAAUUUUCCAAAUUUCACAAAAAUCAAGUUGGAGAGAAGAAACCAAGCCAUAAACCACAAUAAAGGUUUACAAUAACAACAACAAUAAGAUAAUAAUUUUAAAAAUCAAGUGUUUUCUCAAAGAAUAUUAAAAACAAUGAGAAAAUUGUGAAAAAAAUUUAUGAAAAGUUAACAAGUGAAAAGAAAAACAUUAAAUUUUUUAGGAAAUAAUUUCAAAUCCCUGAAACCAAAAAUAAAAAAAAAAUAUAAACAUGUCUUCCUCGGAACACGAAGUCGAUAUCAGUGUUGUCUCCAGCCCCGAACCCAGUCCCAUGGGCUGUGGUGGCCAGGAGGGUCGUGACUCGCCACUAAGAUCCUCAUCUCCGGCCCGUUCACCGGGCGCCUCCACACCAAAUUCCAUGCACACACCCACCUCGGCAGCCGGUACACCUACCUCUUCCAGCCACAAUUACCAGCCAUCAGCCCACAGCCAUCAGCAGCAUUCACAACAUCACAGCAGCCCCACCAGCUCCGCCGCCAUGGCCACCGCAGUACCGCCAACAGUUCUCCACCAUCAUUUACAGCAUCAUCUGAACUCCCUGAAUGCCGGUCAUCAUCCAGUCGCCUUACAUCAUGCCUUGCAUGCCAGUUUUGGCCAUCUAACACAUCCGGCUCAUCAGCAUUUGUUGCAACAACAUCCGGCCACGGUUACACCGACUGUCGUCUCACAUUUUGCCGCCGCGGCUGCUGCCUCAUCGGCAAACAAUGUCAAUGUUGGGGACCGUUUAAGUCCACCCUCGAUGGCGGCCCAUGGAGCCCCUAAAUCGCCCGAAUCGACCACAACAGAGGAAUCACAAAACAAUAACAACAACAAUAUUAAAAUGCUUAACAACAAUAAUACAACAACAGCAAAUGGUGAUAAUAGUGGCGGCAGUGAUCAAGCCGGCGGAGCGGCGGCUAAUGGAAAGGUUACAUCGGGCAAUGGUUUUACCAGCUUUUCAAUUUCAUCGAUUUUGAGCCGCAAUGAGCCGUCGAAAAAGAACGGUUCUAAUUUAAUAACACCCAUACCUCAGUUACCGCCGGCCACCGUAGGUGCCGGUGGGCCACAGGAUGCUGCCAUGUUGUCAAGAUUGGGUUUCAUAUCCCAGUGGGGAGCAUUGGCCGGCCGCUAUGCUGCCCUGUGUCCACCCGGUUGGCCCUGGGCACCACAACGCAUGCCUUUUCACAGUCCCACACAUGAUAGCUCUUCCACCAAUACCACUGAAAAUCACUCCUCACCACCCUCACCACAAAUGAAUGGCUCCCUGGCCAACAGCAGCAGCAACAACAACGGCAGUGGCAACAACAACAACAAUGGCAACAAAUCACCCUCACCCUAUUCUCAGCACAACUCACACCACCACAAUCAUCAUCUCUCUCAACCCCAUCAAGGCACAACACCCACAAGCUCCAGUGGUGGUGUUGGUGCCAAUGGCAGCUUACUUCUCUCUCAUCAUCAUUCCUCCCACUCCAAUUCCAGUUAUCUACUGCCAACCAGCUCCAAUGAAUCCGAUGAUGAGGGUGAGGAAAUCAUCGAAGAGGAUGAUGGCACCGAUGGCCCCUCGGAUGGUUCCUCGCCCCAAGGUGACUCAAAUCAAAAUAAACGUAAAAAGAAGACACGUACGGUCUUUUCAAGGGCCCAGGUCUUCCAGCUGGAAUCCACAUUUGAUUUGAAACGUUAUCUCAGCUCAUCGGAACGGGCCGGUUUGGCUGCCUCGCUACGUCUGACCGAGACUCAGGUGAAAAUUUGGUUUCAAAAUCGCCGCAACAAAUGGAAGAGACAAUUGGCUGCAGAGCUGGAGGCUGCCAACAUGGCCAAUAUGGCCCAUGCUGCCCAACGUUUGGUGAGAGUGCCAGUCCUGUAUCAUGAUGGCACCACAUCCGGUUUUGUUCCCCCACCACCUCCACACCAUCCCCAUGCCAUGCAAUACUAUGCCGCAGCGGCAGCACGCAACAACAGCCCACCCCGGCCACCAUUGUCAUCCCUGGUAUAGGGGGUGGGGUGUUUAACUGCGGCCGCAGUUGCGGCUGCAGCUGCCAAUAACCCCUCAACAUCGUCUGCAAACAGCCAGUGUGGUGGUAGGCCCACAACGCCCAGUACCCCACCAACAUCCCAGCAUCACACAUCCUCUCUGCAUGGUCACCACUCUCAUCUGCAGCAGCAGCAACAUCAUCAUCACAAUCAGCAUUUGCAGCAUUUAAUGCGUGUAACAUCGUCACCCUACACACUGGC